AAUCGGCGCAGCGCUUGCUGAGCGGCGGCGGCAACCGACGUACACAAGGGGCUUGAGCUUUCUGUGGCGAGAGUGCGAGCUCGGGCCAUGAACUUGGGAGAUGGUUUAAAGCUUGAAACAGAAUUACUGGAUGGAAAAACCAAGCUAAUAUUGUCUCCAUAUGAACAUAAGUCAAAAAUUUCUGUGAAGAUGGGAAAUAAGACCAGGAUUGCAAAGUGUCCUUUAAGAACAAAAACUGGACAUAUUCUAAAAUCAAUUGGGAGUGAAAAACUUUUGCAAAAGAAGACAGUUGGUUCAGAAACAUCACAGGCAAAAGGUGAAAAAAAUGGAAUGACUUUUUCAUCCACUAAGGAUUUAUAUAAACAACAUAUAGAUACAGAUUGUCUUCAUAUCCAGAAAGAUAUUUCACCUGCAACCCCUAAUAUACAGAAGACUAGAAACACCAUAAAUACAUCUCUAGUAGUGAAACAGAAGCCUCACAAAAAACACACCACAGCUGAAAAUACGAAGAGCAGUUCGGUGUGUCUAACACAAGACCAACUACAACAGAUUUUGAUGACUGUAAACCAAGGAAAUAGAUCUCUUUCCCUGACUGAAAAUGAAAAGGAGGCAAAAAGUCAAUAUAGUCUACAUUUAAACAGUAUUUCUAAUCAGCCAAAGGAUGAGAAUAUUAUGGGAUUAUUCACAAAAACCGAGAUGGUUUCAUCUGUCCCAGCUGAAAAUAAAUCUAUCUUAAAUGAAUAUCAGGAGACAUCUAAGCAGUGUGAGCAAAAAAUUGCCAUAGAGAGUGAAUGGAAACCAGCUGAUAUAUUCAGUACUCUAGGGGAAAGGGAACGUGAUAGAAGUUUGUUAGAAGCAAAAAAAGCCCAGUGGAGGAAAGAGCUAGAUGAACAGGUUGCUUUAAAGAAGAAAGAAAAAGAAGUGUCUGAAAAAUGGAAUGAUCCUUGGAAAAAAUCGGAAAGUGAUAAAAUAAUAUGGGGGAAACUUCAAAUUCUUGACCAAUCUAGGCUCUUCAAGCAUUCUAUCACAGUCUCCUAGUCAGGUUAUGGUGGUCCAAGCUGAUGAGCAUUCACUACUUAGAGCUAGUCAGACUUUAGAGGAAACAGUACUGCUGGAGCACCCUUUCAGUGCUGUGAAACAAGAACUGCAGAGAAAAUGGAUUGAAGAGUUGAAUAAGCAAAUAGAAAGUGACCGUCAAAGAAAACUAGAGGAAAAACUUACAUAUUCAAAGGGUGAGGAACAUGACAGAUGGGCAGUGCACUUUGAUUCAUUAAAGAGUUAUCCUGGCUCUCAAUCUCAACUGUCCUCUCGGUCAACACACAAACAAGCUGAGUACUUCUGUGUCUCUCCUGACACUCAGGAGCUGGCUGAUGUCAGCAGUGUUUGUACACCUACAACCGGAAGACAGGUUGAACCUUCAGAGGAGGAGCAUAUAGCAAAACCCAUUAGGGAUGUGGUUAUGGCAAACAGUAAGAAAACAAACUUUCUUCGUUCUAUGACUGCCCUCUUGGACCCAGCUCAGAUUGAGGAACGAGAUAGACGACGGCAAAAACAGUUAGAGCAUCAGAAAGCCAUCACUGCCCAGGUAGAAGAGAAGCGCAGGAAGAAGCAACUGGAAGAAGAGCAAAGAAAGAAGGAAGAACAAGAGGAGGAGCUUCGCUUAGCACGGGAACGUGAAGAGAUGCAGAAACAGUAUGAAGAAGACAUACUUAAGCAAAAACAAAAGGAAGAAAUCAUGACUCUCAAGACAAAUGAGCUAUUCCAGACAAUGCAGCGAGCGCAGGAACUGGCACAGAGACUAAAACAAGAACAGAGAAUCCGAGAAUUGGCACAAAAGGGACAUGACACUUCUAGAUUGAUUAAAAAUCUUGGUGUUGAUACAAUACAAAUGGAAUGUAAUGCAUCUACUAACAUUUCCAGUUCAAGACAUGAUUCUGAUGAAGUCAGUGGUAAAAUGAAUACAUGUAUGAAUUCUUCGACAUCUCCUAAGAAGGAUACUGGUGUGCAGACAGAUGACUUAAAUUUAGGAAUAUUCACCAAUGCAGAAUCACAGUGUGGAUCAUUAACAGAGAGGGACAUCACAAAUCGUUCAUCUCCUGAGAUGUCAGCGGAACUUAGCACUAAGAAAAACAAGCAAGAACUAAUUCAGGAUAAAGGAGCCAACUUAGAAAAAGAAAACAAUAGGUAUAAUGACCAGUGUAAUCAGUUCACAAGAAUACAGAAACAAACAAAACACAUGAAGAAAUGUCUUAAAAGGCCUGAUUGGAAUAUAAAUAAGCUACCUAAAAGGUAUAUUCCAGCAUCGGAAAAGUACCCUCAACAGCUUCAAAAGCAGAGAGAAGAAAAAAAAGUGAGGAGGCAGAUAGAAUUGCUUCAUUUGGUAGAAAAAAAUAAUCCUGGGCACCUUUCUCAAAACAGAGGCAUUUCACCAGAAAUUCUUCAUUCAUCUCAUCAAGAAACUGAGUCAAAAUUCAGGUGGCAUCUAGUCAAAAAGGAAGAAGAGCCUCUGAAUAUUAACUCAUUCAGCAAGGAAAGGUCUCAAUCAUCGCCAGUUCCAACAGUGAAAAACAGAAGCCAACAAACUCAGAAUACAUUACACUUACCACUAAAAAACAGUAGCUAUGAGAGAGAGAAUUUGAUCUCCGGAGGUAAUCAAACAGAAUUACCACCUGGGAUUUCUGAAUCGUUCCAUUUUAUUCCCUAUGUUCGAACAAGUGAGAUCUAUUAUCUUGAUCCAGAUGCACCAUUGUCCAGACCUUCAACCCAGGACUCUCAGUACCAGCCUUCACAAAACUGUGGCCAAGAACAGCAGCUGCUUGAUUCUGACUGUGUCAGGGAUCCACUUCUUAAUCCUAACUUGGUGAAAAACAGGGAUCGACAGCAAGCAAUCCUUAAGGGACUUUCAGAACUGAGACAGGGCCUUCUCCAGAAGCAAAAGGAGUUGGAAAGUAAUCUCCUGCCUAUAACUGAAAAUCAAGAAGAGAACUUUGGUUCUUCAUUUUAAAUGUAGAAAAUCAAAUCCUGCACAUUUGAUUUGUGUCUUCCAAAUUAUAAAAUGUGCUCACUGGCUCAACUGUAUUUUUCAAAUAGCCUAGAUUUAUUUAUUAAAUACUUAUUUAAAAACUUCUACAUUAUGUAGUAAAAUGCCGUACUUGUUUUAUACAAUAAAACAUACUUUUGUAAAAGCGUAGUAGU